GGCUACCCCGUUGGCCGCAUUCACCAGCGACACCUACUACUCCUCCUCCCCUCCCCUCUCGAAACGCGGCUUCGACAUGGCGGCGGCGGCGGCGCACAAGGAGGAGGUGAUCGGGAAGCUCAACGUCCGCGUGGUGCGGGGCUCCAACCUCAUCAUCGCCGACCCGCUCACCCACACCAGCGACCCCUACGUCGUCCUCUCCUACGGCCCACAGAAAGUGAAGACCAGUGUCCAGAAGAAGAAUUCCAAUCCUGUCUGGAAUGAAGUACUGCAGCUCGCAGUCACAAAUCCUACAAAGCCAGUAAAACUUGAAGUUUUCGAUGAGGAUAAAUUCACAGCAGAUGACAGCAUGGGCGUAGCUGAGUUCAACGUGACUGACAUCUACGAUGCUGCUAAGCUGGAUCUAAAGCAUGUCUCUGACGGGGCCAGGAUCAAGACGAUCUACCCAGUUGGUGUGAACUAUCUUGGCGCAGAGAGCCACGUUUCAUGGAAAAAUGGCAAGGUCGUCCAAGACAUCACUCUGAAGCUGAGCAAGGUUGACAGUGGCCUGAUCGUGCUGCAGCUGGAGUGGGUUCACGUCCCAGGUGUUACCCUCUGAGCAGUGUCCGAUGGUCGUCGAUGGAGCUGCAGGUGCAGCUGGUCUCUGAAUGUGAUAUUGUAGACUAUGCGUGUGGACGUUGUUUGCAAUGUGUACCUCCGAUAUGUGUGCUGUUGGUUUGUAGUUUCUGCGGUUAUAUUUGUACUCCUUAGUGUCAAGUGUUUGUGUCUAUCAGUGUGUCACAAUAAGAAUCGACCUGCUGAGGUCAUCUGGAGCGAGAUGUAAAUUAAGAAUUCAGGUGUUCAUUAUGUUGUAGAAUUGUCCGAUUUGUUCCAAUAGUAAUGCUUUCGAUGUCUAAAAAAUAGAAGUGUUCCAACUUUUUUA